AUGAAGGGAAUUAAAGCCACAUUGACAAUCAGACCAAACAGUGUACCAAAAUUUUGUCCACCACGUAACGUGCCAUAUGCCCUCCGACCGCGAGUGGAUGCCGAAAUAAAGCGACUGACGGAGCUUGGGGUGAUCUCACCAGUGGAGCAUAGUGAUUGGGCCACACCCGUGGUGCCGGUCAGCAAAAAGGAUGGCACAGUGAGGCUCUGUGGAGAUUUCAAGAUCACCAUCAACCCAGCUCUGUGCGUGGAUAGGUAUCCAAUCCCACGCAUUGAGGACCUUUUUGCCUCUCUAGCAGGAGGCCAACGCUUUAGUAAGUUAGACUUAUCAAAUGCCUAUCUACAGAUGGAGGUAGAAGAGAAGUCUAGGGAGCUGCUGACUAUGUCAACUCAAAAAGGACUAUUUCGUUUUAAUCGUUUACCUUUUGGAGUAGCUUCAUCGCCCGCCUUAUUUCAGAAGGCUAUGGACCAAGUGCUUCUCAGACUGCCGUGCACGCACUGCUACUUGGACGACAUCCGUAUCAGUGGUCCUGACGAGCUGACACAUCUAAAAACACUGGAUGCAGUCCUGGGCAGGCUAGAGGAACGGGCCCUGCAUCUCAAGUCAGAAAAGUGCCUGUUUUUCCAGGAGUCUGUGGAAUACUUGGGCCAUAUCAUUGACGCAGCGGGACUCCACAAAUCACCAGAGAAGGUAUGUGCCAUUGUAGAAGCACCGGGACCAGGAGAUAUCAGUCAGCUACGUUCGUUUUUAGGCAUGCUAAACUAUUACGGCCGUUUUAUUCCCGACUUAGCCACUGUCAUGAAAACUAUGCUCAAAUUGGGAAGGAGGCGCUAG